GACCUUUGACUUCAACCUGGGUACUGGGAUCGUGUGCAUUUGUCGGCAUGAUCACAUCGUGCUUACUCGAACAGAACGCCAUUAAAAUCUAAAAUUAUCUCACGGUUAAAACUUCAUCAACGGUUGUUCUUCACCUAUUUUGAAAGAGGAGAACUUGGACGAUCGCCAUGCCUGAAGUUAAGUUGAGAAAUGCAGCAGGACCUGGUAAAAGUCCGGGUUCAUACAAAGAUAAAGAGAAGCCUGGGCAGAUACGCGAGUCGAACAUAUCCGCUGCUAAAGCUGUUGCAGAUGCGGUCAGAACCAGCCUUGGGCCCCGGGGUAUGGACAAAAUGAUACAGAGCGCCAAUGGCGAUGUAACCAUUACCAACGAUGGAGCCACUAUUCUCAAGCAGAUCCAAGUACUCCAUCCAGCAGCCAAAAUGCUUGUGGAGUUGUCCAAAGCACAGGACAUCGAGGCCGGAGACGGUACCACAUCUGUGGUGGUCAUUGCUGGUAGUCUCCUCUCAGCUGCCUCCAAGCUACUCAACAGAGGCAUUCAUCCCACAACUAUCUCAGAGUCCUUCCAACGAGCAGCAGAGAAGGCCGUAGAGAUCCUGGCAGACAUGGCCACACCAGUUGAUCUUAAUGACCGAGAAUCUCUCGUGAAGAGUGCCAGUACGGCACUCAACUCCAAGGUUGUAUCCCAGUACUCGGGCCUGCUCGCCCCUCUUGCUGUGGAUGCUGUGUUGCGCAUCGUCGACCCCAAACAACCCAACACAGUAGACCUGAGGGAUGUAAAGAUCAUCAAGAAGUUGGGUGGCACCAUUGAGGACACAGAGCUGAUCGAUGGCUUGGUGUUCUCCCAGCGGACGGCCGGCAGCGGUGGACCAACAAAGGUGGAGAAGGCCCGCAUUGGUCUCAUCCAAUUCUGCCUUUCACCACCAAAGACAGACAUGGACAACCAAGUGGUGGUGUCCGACUAUGCCCAGAUGGACCGUGUCUUGCGCGAGGAGAGAGCCUACAUCCUGACCCUCGUCAAACAGAUCAAGAAGGCUGGCUGUAACGUCUUGCUCAUUCAGAAAUCCAUCCUAAGGGAUGCCUUGAAUGACCUGGCCCUGCAUUUCCUGACCAAGAUGAAGAUUAUGGUGGUCAAGGACAUUGAGAGGAGUGAUAUAGAAUUCAUCUGCAAGACAAUCAACUGCAAGCCCAUUGCCAGUAUAGACCACUUUCAGCCUGAGAUGUUGGCCAGUGCUGAACUAGUCGAAGAAGUGACGACAGGAACCAGUAAAGUUGUCAAGAUCACUGGAAUAGCAAACCCCGGCAAGACCGUGACUGUCCUGAUCCGUGGCUCCAACAAGCUGGUCUUGGAAGAGGCAGAUCGCUCCCUGCACGAUGCCCUCUGUGUCAUCCGCUGCCUGGUGAAGGAGAGGGCGUUGAUAGCCGGCGGCGGCGCUCCCGAGACGGAGGUGGCGCACCGCAUGACGCAGCACGCCCACACCCUGACCGGCAUGGAAGGCUACUGCUUCAGUGCCUUUGCUGAAGCACUAGAGGUUGUGCCCUCCACCUUGGCUGAGAACGCCGGCCUCAAUCCCAUUGCGGUGGUGACAGAGUUGAGGAACAGACAUGCUCAGGGUGAGAAAACUGCUGGAAUCAACGUGCGCAAGGGAGCUAUCACCAACAUCUUGGAGGAGAACGUAGUGCAGCCAUUACUAGUAUCGACCAGUGCCAUCAGGCUAGCAGCAGAAUGCGUCACUAGCAUCAUGAAAAUAGACGACAUUGUUGUUACAAUGUAGAGCGGUUUAUCUGUGAAGUACUUCAGUCCUAAAUUAAGAUAUCUAUGUGGUAGCUGUUUCACACCCCUGUGCUGGCUGGCAAGACGAGGAACAACCAUGUUAGGGUUGGAAUGAAAUAAACUAGUUGAGUGUAUGGACAGUCUCAUCGCCAGCGAGGGUGGCUGUGCUCGUGUGCGGCAGUUUAUUGUCGACGAUAUAUGUCAUGAUUUCCACAGUUGGAGAUUUAUAUUAUACUGCUCCACCGGGGAAAUGUGGUCUUCGUUGUGCUUGGGGAUAGUGCUUUAUGGAGCCGCAUUUCAAUAAUGCGAGACCUACACUUUGGUCCACUUAAUAUGGAUAUGUCAGGUUCCAUAAAAUGUUACCGACUGCAUGUUUCCCUGUAUUACCUUGAAUGUUUCUUCACUGCAAAUUCAAGCAUCAGAGAGGAAUUUGAAUUGUUGCAUUGCUAUGCGUGUUGCUCUCACCAGAAAGUUCAGAGUCUCAUUACUUGUCUUUUUGAAGCUGCGAAUUUAAUUUGUUGAGCAUGCAGAAAAGCCAUGGCCAGGGUAACACGCACUUUGAAGAUUGAAGAUUUAAUGCGGAUUAAUCACCAAUCUUCAAGAAAGAUGGUCCAUUAGGUAUGCACCACCUCUAAAUCUUUGGCUUAUACUGCAAACCUUGGCAACAUUUUGGAAUAUUUGUAGUCCAUCGCUCCAUUUGACUGACUGAAAAGAAAAUAUACUCAAGAAAAAUUUGUCAGACUAGGUUACCGUAUCAAAUUUACCGUGGUGGACGGAUGUCGUUGUCAAAUUACCGCAGCAUGAUUGAAUAUUUGUGUAGGCUCAAACCUGACCUAUACUUGAAUUUUUGUGUGUAAAAUAUGUAACUUACACGUGCAGUAGUAGAGGUACAUGUAGUUGAUAAAUGAUACCUUGAUUAACCCUCUUUUGCUGUAACCGUCAACAACAGUAAAAAAAUUCCUUCCACUUGAUUUCCCCCAGUACAUAGACACGUAUGGCAAAUUUGACUGAUUUUGACUGAAAUGACAGCUGUGUCAAGAACGUGUCUUUGCAUAGGAGGGUUAAUACCAAAUUGACUUUCAGAAGUCAAUUUUAGUUUCGCAUGGAGGUCAAAUGCAUCCGCACAAACCAUAAAAAUAUUCUUUCACCUCAAACAUUUGAUAUUUCUGCUGGAAACCCUCGGGACUACCAACAGAAAACACUGCAGUAAAUCCAGUGGCAUGUUUUUUUCUUUGAAAGAGAAAUUAGAGGCCUGUGUAUUAUAAUGGUGGCUGGUUUGUGCACUCUUCAGAAAUUUGCAACAACCCCACAUUUAUUUGGCAACGUGACAUUCGACACCAUUAGUAGAAAGUCGUCAGACUGUACAUAGGUAGCAUUCUGGAUAUGUGCUGCAAAAUUUAAGCCUAUGUUUACAAGAGUCUGAAAUACAGACUGGUAGAUAUCUAACCAUGGCAUUUCAAAGUUAGGGGGUUGGUCAAACAUGCAUGCUUUUUUUCACACUGUAUUUUAUGGAACUUUCAAUAUCGGCUAUCUUUUUGUGUGCAAAAGGUUUGAUAUAUUGAGUGAAAUCUGUGAGCAAUUGAAAAAUAAAACUGGGAAAAAACCCAAGCAUGUCUACAAAUUGAUGCAAUGUGUCCUUCCCCGAAACUCACCGGCCAGCAGAUUCCAAUACAUGUCAUCACCGCACUCAUUGUGUAGAGAAUUGAACAUUAAAACGUACUACUCGU